GAGAGAGAGAGAGAGAGAGAGAGAAAGAGAGAGAGAGACCUGGCGUCACAUGACAGGACAGGCUGAGAAACUACGGCAUGGCUUCAAGUAGCGGACCUGUGUACUGGCUGGGGAAUGACACCCUGAGAGUGUCUGCAGCUUUGUUCGCAGAGAACCGCCAUCGCCUCUGCCAGGGCCUUAAGAUAAAGGAGGGUGUGGUCCCCAAAUCUGUGGUGGUCCUGCAGGGUGGAGAGCAGAAGCAGAGAUACUGCACCGACACGGAUAUUCUUUUUCGCCAGGAGUCUUUCUUCCAUUGGACUUUUGGUGUGACUGAGGCUGACUGCUAUGGAGCCAUUGAUGUUGAUACGGGCAAAGCUGUCCUGUUUGUCCCAAAGCUGCCAGAGAGCUACGCAACAUGGAUGGGACAGAUCCACCCCCGGGAGCACUUCAAGGCGAAGUACGCAGUUGAUGAUGUUCAGUACACCUGUGAUAUAGCUGAGGUUUUGUCCAAAAUGAAGCCAGCUGUUCUGCUAACACUGCGUGGACAGAACACAGAUAGUGGGAGUACAUGCCGGGAGGCCUCGUUUGAAGGAAUCAGCCGGUUUGAAGUGAAUAAUGUUCACCUACACCCUGUAAUAGUUGAGUGCCGCCUGAUUAAGACUGAUAUGGAGCUAGAAGUCCUGCGCUACACCAACCGUAUUUCCAGUCAAGCCCAUAAAGAGGUAAUGAAGCACGUGAGACCUGGGCAGAAAGAAUACGAAAUGGAAAGUCUGUUCCAGCACUACUGCUAUGCUCGUGGUGGCAUGCGUCACAUGUCCUACACCUGCAUCUGUGGAAGUGGCAACAAUUCUUCAGUCCUCCACUAUGGUCAUGCAGGAGCCCCCAACGACAAGACUAUCGAGGACGGAGAGAUGUGUCUGUUCGAUAUGGGCGGAGAGUAUUACUGCUACAGUUCUGACAUCACGUGCUCCUACCCAGCCAAUGGCAAAUUCACGAAUGACCAGAAGGCCAUCUAUGAGGCUGUGCUGAAAUCCUCCCGUGCAGUCAUGGCUGCUAUCAAGCCAGGGGUUCUGUGGCCAGACAUGCACCGACUGGCUGACCGCAUCCACCUGGAGGAGCUGGUGAAAAUUGGAAUCCUGCACGGAAACGUGGACGACAUGCUCAGGGCCCACAUGGGCGCUGUCUUCAUGCCUCAUGGCCUGGGGCAUCUGCUGGGUAUUGAUGUGCAUGAUGUGGGCGGCUACCCAGAGGGUGUUGAGCGGAUCGAUGAGCCUGGCCUGAGGAGCCUCCGAAUGGGCCGUGUGGUACAGGAACGCAUGGUUCUGACCGUGGAGCCGGGGAUCUACUUCAUCAACCACCUUCUAGAUCAGGCCCUGGCCUCCCCUGCCCAGCGCUGCUUCAUCAACAAUGAUGUCUUGGCCCGCUUCCGCAGCUUUGGGGGGGUGCGCAUUGAGGAUGACAUUGCCGUGACAGCCAAUGGCACUGAGCUGCUCACCUGCGUUCCCCGCACCGUGGAGGAGAUUGAGGAGUUCAUGGCCCAAGUCCAGGGCAGCUCCAAGUCCUUCAGCCCUGCUGUCAGCCAGAGCUUCUGAGAACCCUCUGAACAGCAGCUUCCUCUUUCCUCUACAUCAGCAACAAUUUCUACAAACUUCACACUGUGAUCGAAGUAGCUGUCUUUGUGAUAACAAUCAUAGGUAUAAAGCGCUGGAAUGAAGACACCAAUAAAAGAUGUGUCACCUUAAUAAGCAAUUAAGGAAAAAUACUGUUCAGAUUAAUUGGAGAUUAUCUGUGUAACAGGUUAUGAAAAAUACUACUUUAAUUCCUAUGAACACAGACAUUAUUGGCUCUAUAAUCCAAUCUGCCAUUCUUGAAAAUAUCAUUUUAGAUGAACAACAGUGGACAUAUUUACUCAGUGGCUAUAGUCCAUUAAAAUCAGUAUUAAAUGAUUUUUCUGAUAUUCAAGUGCCUAGCACAUUGCUUUACGUGGCUAAUCUUAUACACAUGAUUUG